CUUUUUGUUUUUCCGGAAACAAGAUGGUGGGGUUUUACACAUGGGACUGUUGACGUUUAUGAAAUGCUAUAUCAAAGCCCUUGAUUGAUUUACAAGAUUAUGAAUCUAAUGAGUUGAAGCCAUUCACUUGACUUAAAUUAAUUAUAAAGUUAAUUACCCUAAAGUGGGGACUAAAAACUUUAAGGAUGACCGAUUAUAAGGAAGAGCAGAGAAACGAAAUUGAAGCACUGCAGUCGAUUUAUCCAGAUGAAAUCGAAAUUGUUGAAGAAGAGCCAUACCAUGUUUUCCAACUGACUGUGAUGCCUCAAGAUGCUGAAAAUUUUCCUGAUCAUGCAAUGUCUGCAGUGAUACAGUUUACAUACACAAAAAACUACCCAGAUUCAGCACCAUUAAUGGAGUUUGAAUCUACUGAGAACAUGGAUGAUGCACAACAAGAAUCUCUCAUGGAUUUUAUGAAAGCUCAGGCUGAGGAAAAUCUUGGUAUGGCAAUGAUAUUCACCAUAAUAUCAGCAGUACAAGAGAGAAUGACAAACAUGAUGGAACAAGCAGCCAAAGAUGAAGAAGAAGCAGCUGAAAGAAAAAAGAAGUCAGAUGAAGAGGCUGAAAGAAAACGCUUUGAGGGUACAAGAGUCAAUGUUGAGUCAUUUAUGGCUUGGAAAUUAAAGUUUGAUGCAGAAAGGGCUGAGAUGAGAAGGUUAAAAGGCCUUUCAGAUGGUUCAUCUAAAAAACCAACAGGUAAAGAACUGUUUAUGGCUGAUCAGUCUCUUUAUGACUCUGAUGUUAAAUUUUUGCAAGCAGAGGGAGACACACUGGAAGUGGAUGAAUCUUUAUUUGACGAUAUGGGAGAACUAGACUUAGAAGAUGAUGAUGACGAUGAUGAUCCGGAUUACAAACCAGGAGAUGAUGAUGACUGACUCAAAUGUAUUGCCUAGUCUAUGUGAUUUUACGAUUUUAAAUCUGGAGGAAUAAAUGGUGUAAAAAUAUUUGGGUGUUUUUGUGAGAUAUUGAAAAUUGUGUGCUCUCAUAGGUAUUUGGUAUUUUAUGAAUGAUUGAAAAACUAUAGGCUCCUACCAUUCAAUGGGAAAUUAAAUUUAAUUUCACUAUUGUUUUUUCUUUAAUUAUUCAAUAUAUUAAGGCUAUUUCUGUUUGAACCGGAUGUAAAUGACAAAAUAUUACAUGCUUAUAAAUUAUAUGAAUUAAAACAUUUUACUUUAUUUAAGAUAUUAUUUUUUUUAAAAGUACUGAACCUAGUACUAGUAAAAUCAAAAGUUGAGUUCCAAUGUAAGAAAAUGCUUAAGUGUCAGGUGAUGCCUGAUUGUUGUUUUUUUAAUGUUUGUUAUUAUUUAGUGCAGUAUUUUAAAAUGUACUUUAUUGUAUUUAUUCUGUGCAUCUAAUGAGCAAAUUUUGGAAGUAUUGAAAAUACAUUAAAAUUCGAACCAUUGAAACUUGUGUUGAUCUCUGAAUUAAAUGAAUUCUUACACUGCUAAAGGCAGCUUCAGUUGUAAUAAUUUGCCCUUUAUUAGUAGUUAUACAUACAGAAAUGAGGU